AUGUUUUUAUUUAAUUUUGAUAAUGGCGAUCCAAAUCGACCAUCAUUCUUUGAAAUGUUAAAUCAAUUUCAAAUGAUGCCAUCUUUCAAACCAGCAUUAAAAUAUAUAUUUACAGUACUUUCACAAAGAAACCCAAAAUUAAGAUAUAUUGUAAACUAUUAUGAUGAAUGUUUUUAUUCAUUAUUGUUAUUGUUAGAAUAUCAUUAUUUAAAAUAUUAUGAGGGAUCAUUUUCAGAAAAUUUUUAUAAUUUAAAAAGAAUCAAAUCAUCAAAAAGUAGCAGUGUGGAUGGUGAUACAGUAUUUUCAUUAUUAAAGAGAUUGGUAGUUACCCCAAAAUCGGACCAUGAUCAACCAGAACUAUUAACUAAAAGUCAAAUUUUAAAGAAAUCAUUCGCAAUGCUAAGAAGAAAUAGAGCAGCAUCAGCAGCAUCUUUAAAAGAGGAUCAUUCAAUUAAAGAUUCAGAUAGAGCAGAGUCAUUAAUUUAUUUAGUAGUCAUACCAUACAUUAAAAGCAAGUUGGAUGAGUAUUACAAAAAAGAAUCAGAUCCACUAAUGGAGUUGGGUCUUUACGACGAGGAUAACGAUGACCAUGAAAGAAGAGUAUCAAAUGGCACUAUAUCGGAUCAAAUCGAAAGAGAAAGGUUAGAAUUGGUAGAGUUGGAUCAAAAGUUACAGUUACAGCAUGAAACUCGUUUAAAAAUAUAUAUUAGGUUAAAGAAAUUAAAACUACGUUAUUUAUUAUUUAAAAGACUGUUUGGAAGUUCUAGUAUUUUAAAGAAAUUAAAGACUAUAUUCCUCAAGGUUUAUCCAUUUGUCAAUGCAAUUUAUGAAGCUUUAUUUUUUAUUUAUCAACUAUUAUAUCUAUAUGAAUAUACAAAUUAUUAUACACCAUUUUUCCAUUUACAAAGUAUACAACUGAAAAGAUUAAACCAUAAAGAUAUUGAAAGUCACAGGGCAGCUAUUUCAAAUAGAAGAAGAGAUAGAAUUAAUUUUGUUAGAGAUUGGUAUGGUGCACCAUUCUUUGUACCAUUAGUAUCAGUUUUAGAUUCAAUUUUAGAUUAUUCAAAAUAUAUAUUACCAUUAUCAGUAUUUAUAUUUAAAUCAUUGGAAUGGUGGUAUAGUGAAAAUAGAAUAACUGCACCAACAUUACCAAUUCCAACACCACCAACACCAGCAAAGAGAGCACCUGGUGGUUUAGAAAUACCAAAAGAUAAAAAGCAAUGUCCAUUGUGCUCAAAAGAAAGAACUAAUCCAACCAUUUGUGGUAGUGGUUUUGUAUUUUGUUACCCAUGUAUUUUCGGUUAUGUUAAUGAACACAGUAAAUGCCCAAUUACAUUUUUACCAACCAAUAAAGAAUCAUUAAGAAAAAUUUAUGAAACUGUGUAA